GGGGAUAAGCUGACAAUCUCUCUGAGCCUCUAAAACUUUUAGUAAUUCUCCGGAGACGUAAGGCGAUCAAGCAAUUUUACAAACAGUUUUUAAAUGGAAGUAUACAAUACUUCUUGCUCUGAUCAAGAUUUUCGUGAGUACCAGUUUAUACGCAAAUCGCCUCGUCACUGGUACGUGUUCUUGUGCGUUGUGAAUGUGGUUUUUUCAAUUUCUGCAACUGUUGAAAAUUCGAUAAUUUUACUCGCCCUCUUCCAGUGCCGCACGAUUUCUUCGUCGUCCAAAGCUCUUUUUUACAGCUUAGCUCUGUCUGAUUUUGGAGUUGGUAUGGUCGCUCAACCGUUACAAGUUGCCACAGCUUUGGGGGCUCUCCACGGUAAUCUUGAAUUGUUUUGUUCGAUUCAGCCGUUUUAUGCUGUAGUGGCUUACUUCUUCUGUGCCGUGUCUUUUUCAACCACGACAGCAAUAAGCAUUGAAAGAUAUCUGGCGUUGAGACUCAGAAUACGAUACGGACUGAUUACAACCGUGAAAAAAGUCACUUUGGUUGUAGUACUUCUGUGGAUUUGCAGCUCUAUCUGGGCGGUCUCCCGAAUGUGGAAUAUUCGAAUCAAUAAAAUUAGUGCCAUUAUUCUUGGCUUUUCCUCCAUUGUCAUAACGUCUUCGUGCUAUUUUAGAAUAUAUCAAACUCUGAGGGCUUCAAAGACAAGAGUAACAAACGAGGCUGCCACAAGGCAACCUCGAAAGACUUUUAACAUGAUUCUGUACCGUAAAUCUGUAAACAGUAUGCUGACAGUUUUCGGAUUUCUUGUAGCAUGUUACACUCCUUAUUUCUGUGCCAUAGUUGGGGUAGCAUUGUUGGGAUAUAGCUCCCCAGUAGUGUUAUCAACAAAUCUAACAUCUUUUGUAAUUUUUCUUAAUUCUUCUAUAAAUCCUUUCGUCUACUGUUGGCGAAUUAGAGAAAUUCGUUCUAAAGUGAUGUUAAUGAUGAGGAAAUUGCCCGUACACUAAACAUCAGCCUGAAAAAGAAUUUUUCAGCCAGGGUAAUGAUCAAUUUUUCAUCCUGGGUGACAGCUUAUUCACUUCUCAGUUCUAAAACAGGAAAAAGGUAACAGCCCCAAAUGCAUUUAUUUGGCAAAGCUGAUUUUCUGGUAAAUUUUCAUACUGGAGAAUUCUUCGUAAUGUUUCAAUAUUCUCAGCCUA